CCUUCCCCUCGCUCCUUCGCUCCUUCCGUUGACAACGCGCCCUAACAUGUCGCAUGCGGCAGUAGCGGAACCAAACUUGGCACCAUGAGGCGUUCCACCUCCAGCAUAAAAUGGAGAUAAUGGGCGUCUGUAGCAGCGCCAGCCUUGCGCCGAAUGCUGUGUAACUGUGUCGCCAUGCAUCAUGAGAUUGUAGCUCUGGAGGAGCAUCAGCAACCCCUCCCCAUCCAUGGAUUCACAUUCCCCGCCACCACAACCCACAACCUGACAGCGUACAAGACCACCUCGACGCGUGAAGAGCUCCACUCGCGCAUCUACGAUGCAACGAUAAUCAUUACUACCACCAUUAAGCUUGAUGCCGAAACAUUGCGCCCCAGUGUUACUCCGAACCUCCGCUAUAUUGCCAUAUCCGCGACCGGAACGGACCCUGUGGACCUGGAUGCCUGCCGGGCCCGCAAUAUUCGAGUUACAAAUUGCCCGGGGGCAAACCUCGACGCUGUUUCGGAACAUGCCAUAAGUCUCUACUUCGCAUCUAGAAGGCGCACCGUGUUGCUCGACCGCGUUACUCGUGCGCAGCCUAGCGAAUGGAAGACGGCGGGCAGCGUGAAGGAUUACAUGCGCCUACCGGAUGGCAUGCCUCCGAUGACCUGCAAAGAUGAGGUUAUGGGCGUUAUCGGCUAUGGUGGGAUCGGCAAGCGAAUAGCUGCGCUAGGGCAAGCAUUGGGCAUGCGCGUACUUAUCGCGAGUCGAAAGACACCAGCGACGCCUCCCGUAGACACCGGCCUUCCAGCCCCUGACGCCUCUAACGACCGCAUACCCUUUGACGAUGUUCUCCGCAACUCCACCGUCCUCGUCCUAGCUCUACCGCGAACCCCCGAGACGCUCAACCUUAUCUCUACACCCGAGCUCGAGAAGAUGCAUCCGUAUACCGUCUUGAUCAACGUCGCGAGAGGCGGCAUAGUACACGAGGCAGCUGUAGUGCAGGCCCUGAAGCAGAGGCGCAUAGCUGGCUAUGCGACCGACGUAUACCAGGUGGAACCACUUGGUGGGCCUGCUGAUACUCCACUGCUGGAGGAAGACGUAAAGAACCUGAACAUUACAUUAAGUCCGCAUCUGGCAUGGUUUUCGACCACGUCGAUCAAGAACCUUGGUGAGAUAUUGAAGGCGACUGUAGAGGGCAUGGUCAGCGGCAAAGAGAUCAAUGCCAUUCUGUAAACGAAACAUAACGCACAUGGAGGAACCCUGAACACGAGCACGAAUGCCCUCGUGGGUUGCCUCCAUCAUCAGCAUUGACGUCCAAAAUCCAGUGAGACUUGUUUGCACGCACGUCUAACACUGGCCAUGUCUACACCAAAGAUCUUGCAUUUCUACCAAAACCCUCACAGCUCAAGCAUGUUCCUGGGCCAUACUAUGUGAGCGUAUAGUAGUAUCAAGGCAGGUCAUGCCUUGAGAAAUCACAACCGGUAUGUGAGCUGGUCAAGUGCAGC